GAUUGACUGGUUAGAUAAACCAGUAGUUGCAGUUACUUUAUACUCUGAAAAGGAGCUAAUAAGAGAAAUGGAGAAGAUUGCAUGUAUGCUUAUGGCGGAAAAUGAUUGGUCUGUUCGAAUAGCUGCCAUGCAGCAAGUUCAAGCUCUUGUCAUUGGAGGUGCUGUUGAUUAUCCGUGCUUCCAUGCUCUCUUGAAGCAACUAGUUGCACCUCUUUGCAUGCAGUUAUCUGACCGAAGGUCAAGCAUUGUAAAGCAGGCCUGUCAUCUCUUAAGCUUCUUAUCGAAAGAGCUAUUGGGAGAUUUUGAGGCUUGUGCAGAAAUGUUUGUGCCGGUCCUUUUCAAACUGGUUGUUAUAACUGUUCUUGUAAUUGCUGAAUCUGCAGACACCUGCAUAAAAACAAUGCUGCGUAGUUGCAAAGUUUCCCGUGUGCUUCCUCAAAUAGUUGAUCAUGCAAAGCAUGACCGUAAUGCAGUACUCCGUGCUAGAUGCUGUGAGUACUCACUUCUGAUGCUAGAAUACUGGGCUGAUGCUCCGGAGAUACAGAGAUCAGCUGAUCUUUACAAGGAUCUCAUACAAUGCUGUAUAGCAGAUGCAAUGAGUGAGGUACGGUUAAAUGCUCGACGUUGCUACAGAAUGUUCAAGAAAACUUGGCCAGAACGUUCUCUGCAACUAUUUCAGUCCUUUGAUUCUGUCAUCCAAAGGAUUAUAAAUGAUGAAGAGGGGGGCACGCCAAGACGCCAUCCUUCUCCUUCAGUUCGAGGAAGGGACUUGCGAAAAUCCCAUAAGGCUUUUCAAGCACCUACUUCUACUAAUUUAUCUGGACCUGGAACUUCUCUGCUUACCACAACAGAUAGGAGUAGGGCUGUACCUGUAGGUGUUCCUCUAUCCUCUGGCCCAUUUUCCUCAGAAGUAAAGUCACUUGGAAAUGGUACUGAAAGAAGUUUUGAGAACAUGCCACGUGCAAACAAACAGAGGGUGCCUGCCAUUCAAAACAUGCUUGCUGGUUUAGAUAUAUCUGAGAAACUCAAUUUUCAGAAGAAGCGAUUAGCUAGCUUGGAUUUAGGAGUUGACCCUCCUUCAGCUCAUGGCCUCCCAUUUCCCCCAGUUGUUACUGCUUCAGCUCUUGCUACAAAUGCUAUUUUCACUGAUUCAACUGCAUCAACCAUCAAAGCCGUUUCUUCUUUGAAUGCAGGGAAGCAAGCUUCUGAGAGACUGGGAGGUGGUUCUAUGGAAGAGCACGCUGAUGACAGGUUUGCCAGAAAAUCAGUAAAUAAGCAUAUUGACAGACAGUAUGUAGACGCAUCUUCCAAGGAUUCCAACUUUAGGGACUCCCAGGGCAAUAUUAUUCCUAACUUCCAAAGGCCUCUUUUAAGAAAGAAUAUUUCUGGUCGAGUUUCUGGAAACAGCAGAAGCUGUCUCGACGAUAAUCAGAUAUUACUUGGUGAAAUGUCAAACUAUGUGGACGGUCCAGCAUCACUCCAGGAGGCUCUGGUAGAGGGUCUAAGUCCUAGUUCUAAUUGGUCUGCUAGGGUUGCUGCUUUUAAUUAUAUUAGAAGUCUGUUGCAGCAGGACCAAAAAGGUAUCCAAGAAGUUAUACAGAAUUUUGAGAAAGUCAUGAAGCUGUUUUUCCAACACUUAGAUGAUCCCCACCAUAAAGUUGCAUACGCUGCCCUGUCAGCCCUUGCCGAUAUAAUUCCAGCUUGUAGAAAACCUUUUGAAAGUUACUUGGACAGAAUCUUACACCAUGUGUUUUCAAGAUUAAUUGAUCCCAAGGAGUUAGUUCGGCAGCUUUCUGUAAUGAAUUUGGAAGUUGUGAGCAAGGCCUAUGGCGUAGAUUCUCUUUUACCUGCUUUGCUUCGUGCAUUGGAUGAACAGAGAUCACCAAAGGCAAAACUGGCUGUUAUAGAAUAUGCUAUUGAUUCCUUCAAGAAAAAUGCUAUGAAUUCUGAAGGUGCUGCUAAUAGUGGCAUUCUAAAGCUGUGGCUUGCUAAAUUGAUACCUUUGGUCUAUGAUAAGAACACAAAACUGAAGGAAACAGCCAUUUCUUGCAUUAUAUCUGUACAUACUCACUACGAUUCAAGUGGUGUUAUAAACUACAUCAUGUGUAUGUCAGUUGAAGGGCAAAAUUCUCUAAGGCGAGUUCUUAGGCAACAAACUCCUCGAAUUGAAAUGGAUCUUAUGAACUUCUUGCAGAACAAGAGAGAAAGGCCACGUCCCAAAAACAUUUAUGAGCUAUCUGAUGUUGGGCUUUCUCCUGAUGCUGAAUAUACAGGUGCAUUGAAGAAAGCUAACUAUUUUGGAAGGUAUUCUUCUGGUUCUAGUGAUACCGAUAAUAGCAAGAAGUUGUUCACCAUGCAAGAACCAGUGCGAAUUUUAGAACCUAUUGCUCAAAAAGUAUCCAAUGAAGCUGAUGAACAUUUACGUUGGAAUCUUGAAGGCAGCUCCGAUAAUGUAAUUAUUUGCAGUGCCACUGGUGCUGGUGAAAAGGCAGAAUCCCCUCUAAGCCACCCUGACAGUGUUGAUUGUGAAUUUAUUAUGGAUAAUUACUUGCCUUCAUCAUGUUUUGACGCAAAUAUGGUGACAAGUUCUAAUCAUCCUGGAGUGAGCAGUUCCAAUGUUGGUAGUGACACUUUGGUUGAUGUCAAUCAUAGUAGUGAGAACUCCAUGAAUACUAAGUUUGGCUCUUCUCUAAAAUUGCGAAUCAGCAUUCCUCAAAUUCUUCACCAGGUGAACUAUAUUUCUAACAAUAAUGAGAGUGCAGCCGUUAGAAAGCGGGCACUUCAGCAACUCAUAGAGGCUUCCACAGAUACUAACUAUUCCAUAUGGACAAAGUACUUCAAUCAGACUUUGAAAGCUGUUCUUGAGGUGUUGGAUGAUCCUAAUUCUUCAACCAGGGAAGUCACCUUGCAGUUAGUAACUGUAAUGGUGAACAAACAGAAAGAUGCAAUGGAAGAUUCUAUUGAAAUUGUCAUAGAAAAGUUACUUCAUAUUGCUAAGGAUGCUGUUUCCAAGGUUUCAAUUGAAGCAGAGAAAUGCUUAUCUAUUAUUUUAUCAGAAUAUGAUCCCUUCCGAUGUCUGAGUAUAACUGUACCCCUGUUAAUCACUGGAGAUGAAAAAACUCUUAUUAUUUGCAUCAAGACAUUAACAAAGCUUGUUCGCCGGCUUUCUCAAGGGGAACUACUGGCUCAGCUUCCUUCGUUUUUACCAAUUCUUUUUGAUGCAUUCAGCAAUCAGAGUGCUGAAGUUCGCAAGACUGUUGUUUUCUGCCUGGUCGACAUUUAUGUCAUGCUCGGGAAGGCGUUCCUGCCAUACUUGCAGGAUCUCAACGGUGCCCAGUUGCGUCUAGUGACUAUUUAUGCCAACAGAAUUGCACAGGCCAGAAAAGGAACUUCUGUUGAAGCAAUCAAUGGCUAGCAGUUGGAAUCUGUGAACUAUGGUUUUCGAUGUACUCUUCAUUCAAUUAAUUUUAUUUGCAUUUUUGUA